GCCAUCCCUCACCAUGGCUCGCCUUCUCCCCGUCCUGCUGCUGCUGGCCCUCACCUGCCUGGCCCGGCUCGGAUCGGCUCAGCCCGUCGACAUGCGGGCCGAGCUGAAGAUGAUGCAGGCCGCCAUGGAGGAGAUGAAGGCCGAGAGACGAGAGCUGAUGGUGCGUCUGGAGAUAUCUGAGAAGGAACUGAGGCAAAUUAAAGAUACACCAAAAGUCGCCUUCGCUGCCUCGCUCGGAGGAAACGGCCUGGUGAAGACGACGUCAGGAAACAAAGAUCUCAUCUACAGGGAAGUCCUGACCAACAUCGGCGGAGCUUACAACCCUGAGACAGGUGUCUUCACCGCUCCGAUCCGUGGCGCCUACUACAUCCGCUUCACCUGUAACGGUCCCACCAACUUCCCCAGGAGUGCCGUGCUCUACAAAAACAACGCCCAGAUCCAGCUGAUCGCGCACGAGGCGGAAUCCGGCGCGGGCAGCGACACGGCCUCCAACGGUGCCACCCUGAUGCUGGAGAAGGGCGACACGCUGAAGAUGGUGCUGUGGCACAACACGCAGAUCUGGGACAACAGCAACCACCACAGCACCUUCAGCGGCUUCCUGCUGUUCCCGCUUGUGGAUGAAGCUCCAACACAGUCUGAUGCUGAAGCUGAGCUGAAUAAUCUGCAGGCUUUGAUGAAGCAGAUGAAGGCAGAAAACCAGGAAAUCAAAACGAGGCUGCAGACGGCUGCUGAUGAGCUGCAGGCCAUGAGAGAAGUGCCAAAGGUGGCAUUUGCCGUUUCUCUGGGAGGUAACGGUCUGCAGAAGUCGACCUCAGGAAGCAGACAGCUGAUCUACAGAGACGUGCUGACCAACAUCGGACAGACGUACAACUCAGAGACAGGCGUGUUCACAGCACCGACCCGCGGUGUCUACUACGUCCGCUUCACCGCCAACGCCCCCACCGACUUCGACAUGAGUGCCGUGCUCUACAAAAACAGCGCUCAGAUCAUGCUGAUCGCCCACGAGGCCAAAUCCGGUGCGGGCAGCGACACGGCCUCCAACGGCGCCGCCCUGCUGCUGGAGCAGGGAGACACGCUCUCGCUGCAGCUGUGGCACAACACACAGAUCUGGGACAACAGCAACCACCACAGCACCUUCAGCGGCUUCCUGCUGUUCCCGCUGCCCGCCCAGGCAUGAUUCACUUCUGACGGGACGGCUGUAAGCGUGAACCCUCACCUAAACCGGAUUAUACCAACAAAAAGAGAACUUAUGUCUGUUCAGAUCAUCAAGAACUUAAGACAAACUCAUAAAAACUGUCCAAGCUGCAACUAACUUUAAAAACACAUGGCAUUAAGAAAAA